UCAGGCAGCAGCAGCUCCAGGGUGAGAGGAAGAAGAGUGAUGGCACUGCCAGCCUGCAGCCUGAGGACAGCUCUGCUGGUGCUGCUCUCUCUGGGGCUCACCCUGGUUCUGGGCCUGCUGCUCCCAGAGGCUAUCAAGCUGUUGUUCACGUGUUUGGGGUUCCCCUGUGAUAAUGCCUCACAUGCCAUUGUGUUGGUGUAUUUUAUGUUCAUUCUUUUUGUGGCCAUGCCAUCCUUACCAAGGGGCACUGUACCAACUGAAGGAAAGGUGGUGCUGAUCACAGGCUGUGACUCAGGUUUUGGAUUGGCCUUGGCGAAACAUUUACAUAAGUUGGGGUUUACGGUAUUUGCAGGCUGUUUAUUAAAGGACACAGGUGGUGAAGGUGCUCAGGAGCUGGAAAGUUUUCAUUGUAAUCGCAUGAAAGUGCUUCAGCUGAAUGUAUGCAUUGAGGAAGAAGUUGCACAAGCUGUUGAGACUGUGAAGAAAAACCUGAAAGAGCCUGAUAAAGGUUUGUGGGGUCUGGUGAAUAAUGCUGGUAUCUCUACAUUUGGAGAAGUAGAAUUCACAAGCUUAGACACCUAUAAAAAAAUAGCAGACGUCAACUUGUGGGGAACAAUAAGAGUCACAAAAUCAUUCUUACCAUUAGUACGUCAAGGUAAAGGGCGAGUCGUAUGCAUGGCCAGCCUACUUGGAAGAAUGGGUAGUCCAUCUCGAUCCAGCUACUGUGUCUCCAAAUAUGGAGUAGAAGCCUUUUCAGACUGCCUAAGACAAGAGAUGUACAGGUGGGGGGUGAAAGUCAUUACCAUUGAGCCUGGAAACUUUGUGGCUGCUACUGGCAUAUUUACCAAAGAGGGAGUGGAAAGACGAGGACAAGAAAUGUGGGAACAAGCUUCAGAAACUUUACGUAACGACUAUGGAAAAGUUCACUUUUCUCAUCAGGUUGCCAGCAUGAAAUCCUUUGUCAGUUCUGGUGUGAAGGACAUGUCUCCUGUUAUUAAUGUAAUAACAGAUGCUCUACGUUCUAAAUACCCAUACACACGAUACAAUCCAAUGGACACCUACCUCUGGAUAAAGCUUCAGAUUAUGUCUCACCUACCGGCUGCCAUUGCUGACCGCAUUUACAUGUAAUGAAGAGAGACUAUUGAAACUUACUGAAGCAAAAAGUGUUCAGGUAUCAAGUGAAAUACAAGCUGGAACCUCUAUUCUUUUAGGUACUACUGGUAUGACAUUUGUCUUCUUAUCUUUUAUUGAGCAUUCAUCUAAGGGUAUAUAGAUACUCUUCAGUUGAUUCAUAAUGUCCACCUGGAAGGUAAAUCAAAGAAAACGCUAACAUAAAACUGAAUGUACAAAUCUUUUAUUGUAGAAUUUUAAUGAAUUAUUACUUGGUAAGCUGUGAAUGUACAUUAUAAAGCUAAAGCUGUCUAUGCAAAGUAUGAGACGAACGUGAAACUGCGAAAGGAGCAGCCAUUAGUGAAAGCACAAAAAUAUCUCCUCUUUGACAUAGAGCUAUUCAGUUUAAAACUAAGCUGUCUUUUCCAAGGGCUGAUGAUCAGGAACGAAUGUCCAUACAUGAACAGGCCAGCGGUCACCUGACAAAUAUUAGUUUGUUGGUGAUCGCAUCUUUUACACAACACUAAAAAUCCUCAUCUUUUGGCAGCACAUUGCCCUGUGCAAAGUUGGAUAUGCUACCGACAAUAAUGGAUCUGUAGGUACGUGAUCAGUCACAUUAAAAGGGUUUUCUAGGAUUUUAAAACUCUUGACCUAUCAUCCAGGUAGGUCCUCAGUAUCUGAUCGGAACCCCAGCCAAUCAGCUGUUUGAGAUUGCAUCGGCUCUUGCAGUAGUGCCACGGCCUUCUCGCAGUUUUGUUUAGGCCAGUGAUGCCCCAGUUAUCGGUUACAUUUCCUAGGUGUAGUUCAGCUCCAUUGAAGUGAAUGGGCUGAUCUGUGAUACCAAGCACAGCCACUUACACAAUGUAUGGCGCUGUGCUUGGUGAGCAGAGAGAAGGCUAUGGCCCUAUUGCGAGCGCCAGUGCCUUCUCAAACAGCUGAUGGGCAGGGGUCCUGGGCGUCGGACCCUCACUGAUCAGAUACUAAUGACCUAUCAAAACGUUCAAAAAUGCCGGAAAACCCAUCUAAUGGUCAUUUGAAUGUAUACAGUGCUGAUGAUUGUUUAUGUAUAUGAGGCUAAAUGAGCCCCAGUCAGCGGUGUCCAUGUAAAAGCGCACUAAGUGACACUAUUCCAAGUUCUAAAGUGCCCUUACUUACUUAUCAUGUUCACUAUCCCUUCAGAUGGAAUGAUAAGAAUUUUCUUGCUCUUGUAUGUAGAAUAAUUAGCCAGUUGAACAUGUUGAAACUUUUUGUCAACCUCAGAAAAAUCUCAAGCUAUAUAAUUUAUACUAGAUGUCCUUUUAUUAAAAAUAAAUAUAUCAAUAAAAACAUUGGCGUUCUUAAUAAUAGCCAACCG